AUGGUCACAUUGAUAAUCAUUUCAGUAACAAAUUUGUCCAUGUGUGCCACUUGUGCCAUUGAUGAUGGUAAUGGUAGUAAUAGUGAUGACGAUAACGGUGUUGACACUAGUAGUGUUAGUAGUAGUGUUGAUGGUGAUAAUAUUAGUAGCAAUGAUAAGAACAAUGGUAAUGAUGACAAUGUUAAUGACGAUGAUAAUGAUGGUGCAUGUGAAAGUAAUAACAAUGUUAGUGAUGAUAAUAAUAAUAGUGACAACAUUGAUAAGAGUGAUAACAACGACCAUAAUAGUAAUUGUGAUAUUAGUGAUAGUUGUGGUGAUAACGAUAAUAAUUGUGGUAACAACAACGAUAUUAUGAAUUACUAUAAUUGA